AUGAGUUCUGACAGUCCAGUAUAUCCUUCAAAAAACCAUCCCCAUUCUCAACAGCAACGACAAUCGUCUCAAUUGUACCAACCUAGCACACCUUAUGUUCAAUCUCAAGCACAAAAUGCUUAUGGAAGUGAUUACACUAUGCCAAAUCCUCAACCAACUCCAUCACACAAUGAAUUUUUUUCACCACAAACAGCAUUCUAUGGUUUAUCAAAUCAAGCAACAUCAGGCAUGAAUUUGCUAUCAAAUAAUCCAUUACUCAAUGUUGGUUUUAAUGUUGUUGAACAAGGCAUGAAAGAUAUAACAGGCAAAACUGUUAAUAUGUUACCUAAUCAAAUGAAAAAAUCUUUAUCAUCAAUCAAAUAUUAUUUUGCUGUUGAUCAAACUUAUGUUUUUAAGAAACUUUGUCUUCUCUUAUUUCCAUUUCGACCACGAAGUUGGUCACUUCGUUAUAGUGCUGAUGAACCAGUACCACCACGAGCUGAUACAAAUGCGCCAGAUUAUUAUAUACCAUUAAUGAGUGCUAUUACAUAUGUUCUUGUUGCUGGUCUUGUUCUUGGUAUACAAAACAGAUUUACACCGGAACAAUUAGGAAUGCAUGCGACAUCAGCUCUUGUUUGGAAUAUAAUUGAAAUUUGUAUUCUUUGUUUAACAUUUUAUAUAUUUAAUGCUCAAUGCAAAUUACGUAUACUUGAUUUAAUUGCUUAUUGUGGUUAUAAAUAUGUUGGAAUGAUUAUUGCUUUAACAUUCUAUGUAAUGACACAUUCAUUAUUUGUUUAUCGAUGUGCACUUCUUUAUAUUAGCAUAUCGUUAUCUUAUUUUCUUGUUAAAUCUCUUCGAUUGCAAAUAUUACCUGAUGUAGAUGGAUCACAACCAUAUAAUACAAAUGGAAAUACACGUCGCAUUUAUUUACUGCUAUUAAUUGUUCUUCUACAACCAUUGUUUAUUUGGUACUUAACUCAGCAUCUAAUUGUUUCUUGA